CCAGCGGCGGCGGUCAUGGCGGCGCCGAGCUCGGCUCCCAGCCCCGGCGCCUCGGCGCCCGAAUCGGUCGCCGACGCCCCCCUUCAGUACAGCCUGCUCCUGCAGCACCUGGUGGGAGACAAGCGGCAGCCGCGGCUCCUGGAGCCCGGCGUCCUGGGCGGGAUCCCGAGCCCAGCCAAGAGCGAAGAGCAGAAGAUGAUCGAGAAGGCCAUGGAGAGCUGCGCCUUCAAGGCCGCGCUGGCCUGCGUCGGGGGAUUUGUCUUGGGAGGAGCAUUUGGAGUGUUCACUGCUGGCAUCGAUACAAAUGUGGGCUUUGACCCAAAGGAUCCCUAUCGAACACCAACUGCAAGAGAAGUUCUUAAAGAUAUGGGACAGAGAGGAAUGUCCUAUGCCAAAAAUUUUGCCAUUGUGGGGGCCAUAUUUUCCUGUACUGAGUGUCUGGUGGAAUCUUAUCGGGGAAAAUCUGACUGGAAGAACAGCGUCCUCAGUGGCUGCAUCACCGGAGGAGCCAUUGGCUUUAGAGCUGGUUUAAAGGCUGGGGCUAUCGGCUGUGGAGGUUUUGCUGCUUUCUCUGCUGCGAUCGAUUAUUACUUACGAUGAGAGGAGCUUCUCCUGGGUGAGGAGCCCAGCACCCCAUCAGGAGCCAUGCAGUGGAGGAGGCCUGUCCUUUAAGGACUUUGCCUGGACCAUGAAGGUGAAAGAUUCACUAGGUUUGUUUCCCCUUUUCUUGAGUGGUGGUUGACACAAGGCGGGCUCUGUUGGCUGCCACCGCUGCCUCCAGUUUCAUGAGGAGCUACGCUCGGCUCUUUCCAGGGGCUGGCAGACUGUGUUUCAUGGUGAUCCCCAGUCCUUCCUGGACUCCCCUCAGAAAUUUCUAGUGAGAGAUGCCACAGAAGAGCCCCAUCAAACAGUUUGUUGACAAGGAAUUAUGAAUCCUGACUGCAACUAUCCAACCUGCCUUUGUUACUGCUAAAAUAGACAUUCGUUAUUAUCCUAUGUUGGGAUUUAUUGCAAGGAAGAUAUCAUGAGGUCCCCUCAUUUGAGGGAAGGGGGAAGGUGUAGGGGGCAAAGUAAAAUUUACUUGUUCCCUCUAGUCCAUUCUGAGGCUACCAGCAGGCCAUCCUUGCUGUGGGAGUUGUAUAUUUAAAUACAGUUUGAAAAGACAAA